AUGAGUGGCACUGAAAUGGAAGAGUGGCAAGUCAAGCCUAGCCUUUCUGAUGAAACUUUAAGUAGUAGCAACAGCUCCGAAAGCGUUGUUAGCAGUAAUGCUAGUAGCACCACUGCUAAUAACCCCAUUUUAUUAGCUGCAUCUGCUGCUGCCACUGCUAAAAGAACAGCCUCAACGACGUCAGACACCAAAAUGCUGAAAAUCACAACGGCAAAAUCAAAUAUCGAUAAUUCUAACAAUGCUGUUAAUAAUAAUAACAACAGCAAUAAUACUACAACUAAUGUAAAUGCAAUAGCGAUUUCAUCAACUUCUCAAAAUGAUAAUGCAAACAACGGAUCUGUUACUGGGGUACUAUCUUCCUCUCAUAACAAUGAUAGUACAGGUAAUACAAAUGUCAUUCCUAAUAAUAGUAACAACAACAAAAAACUAACAAACAAUAUCAAGAAGGUGACAAGUGUUACCAGCACUGCUAGUGCGAACAAAAAUACAUUGAAUAAGAUAGAUUCUUCAUCUACUUCAUCUACUGUUUUUAAAACGGUAUCAGGUUCUAAUUCAAGUUUAUUGAAAGUCGACUCCACCAAUUCAGCAUCAAGAUCACAAAGUAAUGACUCUUGUGACAUAGACUAUGAAGUUUUCCAAUGGAUUGAUCCCUAUCCUAGCAAGCCACCAAGUUAUAAAUCAGUUAAUCCCAAUAGAAGAAUCACAUAUCCAAUAUAUGAAAAUGUUACGCCAGAAAGUGGUAAUAAUAACGGUGUAAUGACUCCCCCUGCAUAUUCUCCCACUGUGGACUGCGUUACGGUUGUUUCUUUAAAGCCAGAAUGGAUAACACCAUAUGAUGCGUCUACAGUUAAGCAUUGGAAAAAUUUUGUUAUGGAAAUUAAUUCCACUCAGUUAAAUUUCUAUUAUAUUGAUCCAUCACUAACCAAGGCAAUUAAAAAUUAUUCUAAUGGCCCCGAGGACCAAUUUGAAGCGUAUGAACGAAAAAAUAGUUCUGGAAGUCCUGGUGGCGGUAGAUCUAGAAGCUCUAGUUUAAAUUUAAUAAAAAGCAAUUCCAAUAGCAGCAGUAAAGACUAUCAUCAUUAUCAUCACUACCAUAACCCUUUCAUUGCCCUAUCUACCAGAACAACAUACCAGUUCAAUAAAGCGGACCAACAAUAUAUUUCCAACAAAAUCCAACAAAAUAGAAAAAGAUAUUUGACUAAUGAUAGAAUUUAUAGAAGUUAUUCUUUACAAUAUGCAAAAUUUGGUAUUCCGAUGGAUUACGACAAGAAGUUUUUUGUUUUACGAUUAAGAUGUGAAUUAGAGCAAUUUAUGAUUAGUUUUGCUCAUGUUGAUAACUUAAUUGAUUGGUCUGUUUAUUUAAGUAUUGGGAUUGGUGUAUCGUUAGACCUAGACUUUAGAGAGAUGCCAAACUAUAGAGUUGUUCCACGGAGAAGGAGAAGAAGAAAUGGAAGAACAGGUAACCAUCGACAUAGUAAUGAGACUGGUAGAACAGAAAGAAGAAAAAGAAGUCCGUCUGCUUUUUCUCUGUUUGAUAAUAACGUCAAUAAUAACGUCAAUAAUAAUGUUCAAGAUCAAAGAAACCAUCAUAUUGAACAAAUUUUGAACAUUGAAAAUAAUAAUAAUAAUAAUAAUAAUAAUAAUAAUAAAUCCUCCAAAGAUAACAGGGCUGUCACUACCAACAAUAAUACUACUGCCACCACCCCAACCACCAUCCCUAAGACUUCUUCUUCUUCUGCUACCGUCCAAAAGAAAAUCGAUCCAAUGUGCUAUGCCACUAUUCAUACAGUUUCAGGAAACACUUUAAUGUAUGAUGCAUCUACAAAUGAAUUCUGCACAAAAACAGUAGUUAUUCAACAGAAUCAAGCGUCAGGUCUUUUGCCUAACGCAGGGACUAUUAAGGGUAAUAUUGUUUCAGGAAAUGCAAAAUUUACGACAGUUACUAACAACAACAAUAGGACUUCAAACGGCACUACUGUAAUAUCUAAUACCACGCGUAAAAGAAGCAGCUCAUCUAGUAGUUUUAAAGAGACUUUGAAAAACAUUUUUCGUUUUGAUAAUCGCGGUACAUGUAACAACAAUACUAUUCGUAGUAGAGCCACGGGAGUAAAUGCUCUGAAACCUAAACCUAGGUUAGACAAAUGCUCGAAUUCCGAACCAAUAGUGCCCACAAAAGCAGCUUUAAGUAGCGUUGGGAGGGCAAAUGUUGCUUCUACUGUAAGUUCUAACUUCACCAAGAAUGAUGAUGGUGCUAAUAACGACAGUAGUAAUAAAAACGAUGAAACUAGUACCAUAACAUCACAAAACAAUACCCUAAAUAGUACACUUUCUAAUGUAAAUGAUACCACCACCACUAAUAUUACUACUACUACUAGUAACAAUAAUUACGAGAGUGAUACUGAUGCUGAUAACGGAGAGGAUAAUAACACAUUACCCUCCAAUGAUAUUACCACAACUAUUACUAAUACCUCUACAAUUUCACCAGAAGCACAUAUUCCUGAUGAAAAACUAAAACCUUUCCCAAUCGAUUCAUCAGAAAGUAACAGUCAAUUGCGUCCACAGGUUGUAAGCACUAAUUCGGGAUUACAGGCAUUAAAAGAUGAUUUGAAUGAAUUACAAUACAUUAUCGAAGAAAAUACUGAGGAAACGGAGCAAAAUGAAGACGGAGUAACAAACUUGUUAUUACGCAACGGUGAAGAAGAUUCCGAUGGAGAUUUUGAAGACGAUGAAGACAACCUAAGCCUAUCAGCAUCUCCUGAGAAUCAUCCUGGUAAUAACACUAGAACUUCAGUAUAUGUACAAGAAGGUAUUUAUCGAGAUAGUGAUGACGAUGAGGAAGAAGAAGAAGAAGAAAACGACAAUUAUUAUACUCAUCGAGAAUCAGCUCGUGAUAGGGAUGCGUACAGAGGAAGGGCAACCAGCGUUACCUCUAAUUUGAGUAAUAUACCUUACGGUAGCGAAGAUUUAAAGUGGGAACCUGCAAGAAAGGAGAUGAGCAGGAGAAGAUAUAUCAGAGAUUCUUUAAGAUGUAUUAAGCCAUUAUCUAGCAAUGAUAGUUGGGUAGGUAAAGUGCUUGUUCGUCCAACUCAAUUCCCUAAAUUUACAACCAUUAAUCCGCCAAUAUCUGGUUUUGAUUAUCAAAACAGUGGUACUAAAAAGAAUAACAAAGAUACCGAUCGUAGUAUUAAAAGUGCACCAUUUUCUAGUAGUUCUAAAAAUUCAUUUUUUAAGUUUAGUUCUAAAACUAAUCUAAAAUUGGCUCCUACUUUCAAAAAUGAGAUUGAGUACGAUGGAGAAAUCUUAUUAGCCAAAUGCAAAAACCAUUAUGUUAUGCCAUAUAUUGUAGGUCCGACAGAAUUAUUGAAGGUGGAUUUAAGGUAA